AUGCGAUAUUUCCGUGCCCUGAAAGCCGCCGUCAAGAAGACCACCAUCGAACCUUUCGAGACCUUAACAACUGACGACCUCCGUGAUGCAGACAUCGCCCUUUCUCGGCUAGCCCAGCACGAAACAUUUCCAGAAGAAAUGUCCAAUCUUAUAUCCGGGGAACGUAUUCCUACAUCGUCAGCAUUGAAGUGGUUGCAACCGAAAGUCAGCAAGGCAGGUGUCAUCCGAGUUGGUGGAAGACUCGGCAACGCCCCCGUGUCCGAAGAUGUAAAGUUCCCAAUUGUCCUCUCGUCUAAGCACCGGUUAUCCGUCCUGCUAGCCAAGUACUACCACCAUAUGCUGCUCCAUGCCGGUCCCCAGUUGAUGCUUUCUUCGAUUCGCCAGAAAUUCUGGAUCAUCGGUGGCCGAAACUUAGUUCGCCGCACGUACCACCAAUGUCACACGUGCUUCCGCAACAAACCCACCCUGGUGCAGCAGAGUAUCGCCGACCUGCCUACAACAAGAGUGACUCCGACCAGACCAUUCGCCGUAUGCGGUAUUGAUUACUGCGGCCCCGUAUAUAUCAAAUCUCCGGUGCGUAACCGGACUCCUACUAAAGCGUACAUCGCAAUAUUUGUAUGCUUCGCUACACGUGCCGUCCAUAUCGAGCUUGUAUCUGAUAUGUCAACACCGGCUUUUAUGGCCGCUCUCCGCCGUUUCGUCGCCCGCCGUGGAAAGAUGAAGGAAAUCCACAGCGACAACGGCACCGCCUUCAAGAGCGCAGCAAACGAACUGCACAGACUCUACGCCAUGUUAAAAUCCAACCAAACCGAACGAAAGCAGAUCCUCGACUGGUGUGCAGAGAACGAGAUUAUCUGGCGUUUCAUCCCUCCGCGAGCACCACACUUUGGAGGGCUGUGGGAAGCAGCCGUUAAAUCAGCUAAGCAUCAACUGUUACGUGAAAUCGGCAAUGUAAACGUUGGCUACGAGGACAUGUGCACUUUAUUGGCCCAAAUUGAAAUGUGCCUGAAUUCGAGGCCCCUGGUUCCAAUUCCAACCGAUCCUUCAGACCUUGAAGUCUUAACUCCAGGACAUUUCCUGAUUGGAGCCAGUUUCCAAGCCGUUCCGGAAAACAACUUGUGCGACAUUCCGGAUAAUCGUCUGACGCACUUUGAGCUCGCUCAGAAGCGAUUCCAACGAAUCUGGUCCAGAUGGGCACCAGAAUUCCUCCAGCAACUCCAGUCACGCGUUACAAGGUCCAAGCCACCAGUAACCAUCAAACCAGGGGCCGUCGUGGUAAUCAAAGACGACAAUCGCCGCUCGGCGAUUGGAUCACAGGCCGCUCGGAAGGAUCACUAA